CUGUCAAAAAUUAUUUCCUUUUCGACGUCGAAAGAAAGACGCUUGUGUUGUUUGGAUAAAAACAAACAGAAAACUUUCUUAGCUUUAAUAUCUUAGCGUGUUAAUAUUUAAUUUUUGUAGUGCUUUAAAAUGUAAUCAAUAGUGUUUAAUAUGUUAUUUUAAAUUAAGUGAAACUCGACGCGGAUUGCGUGUGCUUAAAAUCCGUUUUGUUGGCUCGAUCGCAACAACGGGCGUGGAUCCUCCAGAUGCUGCCUUCUAUGCCAGUUUUGUUCGCUAGAGACAGUCAGGAUGCCUUCGGCAAUAAAAUUGAGCCAAGCACCAGCUUUUUCGGACAAAAUAUCCUAUCAAAACCGAUCUUCAAACCCGCGCCGCCUGCUGCAGCGCCGGCGCCCGCCCCUUGCCUGCCGCCGCCGCCGCCACCCCCUCCCAAGGUCACCCCUAAGGAGACCAAGGCCAAAGGAGGGAAAAAGAAGGAGCCUGUACCUUUGGAGCCACCAAAGAUACUAGAUGAAGCCGCUAGAGAAGCAGCCUUGGUUGCAGCAUACUACAACAAAGUACAAUCCAGAUUUGCCUCAACUAACCGUGUGCCUAAUGUGAAGUUUGUUCAGUUCAGAGAUAUAUUGCAAGGGUUUGACCCCAGUAAGGAGACACCUAUAGAUUUGUAUAAGAAGAUUGAGGAGUUCUUUGGGGAUGAGCACCGGGAGCUGUCGGACGAGUUCCUGAUGUUCCUGACGACGGGCCAGGCGGCCGAGGCUGGGAGACUGCUGGACCGCUGCAUGAUGGUGCAGCUCAGCAAGUUUGUGGAGAUGCUACAGACAACAUUCGCGCGCAAGCCGGCCAUGCUGCGCAAGAUCCUGCGCGCCGUGACCGCGAGCCUGGCGUGCGGCUCCGUGCAGGAGAUGCGCGCCAAGGUGCUGCCACACCUGCGCUCCAGCCCGCAGCUGGGGUUGAUGUUUAAGAGCCUGUUCCCUGAUGAAAGGCCGCCUGAAAGCGUAUACGAGUGCGGCACAGACAUGCUGUCCGAGAGCUUCCUGACGGAGGACUCGGGGCGCGACACGUGGAGCCUCGACGAGCCGCCCGGCGACCCGCGCCGCUGCGCCGUGCCCGGCGUCGACAGCGUGUACCUCCAAGGGCGUGUGUUCCUGCAGCACGGUCGCAACCUGCGGCCGGCACGGGUGUCCUUCCCCUACAGCAAGGAGCCCUACCGAGCCCACGCGCACCGCCUCGCCCCGCACGCCCCGCUCUCCCCCCCGCCCUCCGACGACGAAGCCACCAAGAAACCCCCCAAACGGAUCCGGAAACCUAAAACACCCAAAACAAUCAAAGAUGUCAAUGAUAAUACUAAGGUCACAGACAGCCCUAAAGCGAAAAAGACUCAGAGAAAACAGACUAAGAAGGAAGAUAAGAAGAAGGAUAAGAAAGAAGAGGCUAGUAAAAGUAAACAGGCUAAGAUAGAGACUGCGACAGAAGCUAAAGAGGUUAAGAGUAAUUGGACGAGGGAGGAGGAUAAGACGAUGCUGCAAGUUAUUAAAGGGGAGAAGGUGACGUCACAAGUGUUUGCGAGGAUUAAUGAAUUGCUGCCGCAUCGCUCGGUGACUGAGAUUAAGGAGAGGUUCUUCCACGUAAUGUCGUUGCUCCAACAGAUGGCAGUGGGGGAAGUGACAUAAAGUGACAAAUUUUAUAGCUAUUUUAAGUUUCAAUCGUAUUUAUAAUUUUAUAAGAAUCAAUAAAUUGAAGUUAUUUUGUAAC